AUGCUGCUAGACGAAGCUACGAGCGCACUCGACAACGAGUCCGAGAGAGUUGUCCAGGAAGCUCUAGACAACGCAUGCAAGGACGUCACAACAGUAACAAUCUCGCACAGGCUCAAGUCAAUCCAAAAUGCACACUACGUCGCUGUCAUGGAUGGUGGGAAGGUGCUCGAGGCAGGACGACAGCAGCAAUUGCUUUCGAGAAGGGAUGGGAUCUACGCAGGCAUAGUAAAAAACGUGAACAGGAGCGAUACAGACCUUGGCGUGCUGUAUAACGGGUUCGAGCAUCUGACAUACGGAAAAAACAUUUCAGAAGGUACGGAGCAAGAAAAAAAAGCCGCACCUUCAAGCGUCAAAGGCACUCCUCCAGCACAAAAACAAGGGUGCUCGACUUUCCUGCAGAUACUCAGUUUGAAUAGCCCAGAGUGGAAACAUGGAUGCAUGAUAGUAGUCAGUGCGACACUGACCGGAUUCAUUACUCCAGCGAAUGGCGUACUAAAUGGAGUCACAGUUGCAGCCUUCUACAGCCAAACCUCCCAGGAGCUGAAGCACACAGUGAGAUUCGCAUGCGGAUUAUAUAUCUUGGCCUCUGUGGCACUUUUCAUCGCAAACUUCAACCUGCAUUACCGAGCUGGAGUCACUGGAGCAGCACUAACGAUGAGAAUACGACGUGCAAUGCUAGCUAAGAUAUUUCAGCAGGAGGUGGGAUGGUUUGAGAAGGAUGGAAACUCAAGCGGACAAAUCUACAACCGCCUAGGAAAUGAUGCGAAAACCGUGAGUGGCUGA